AUGGUUUUGGUUAUGGCAUCUAAUGGAUUUCCUCACCCCGAAAACUCUCCUCCACCCUCAGCACAACCUCGAAUCCCAGAAAACUACAUGGAAAAUGGCCGAGAGUAUCAUGGCUACCGGAGAGAGAAAUAUCUGUUUCCAUGCGACGAGCUGGAAAUGGAUCGCAUGGACAUUUACCACAAGUUUUUCUCAGUCGCGAGAAAGGAUGUGCUGCAUUCCGCGCCAUUUACUGGUCCACAAGUUGGACGUCGAAUAUUAGAUGUAGGAACAGGCACAGGCAUUUGGGCCAUUGAUAUGCAAGAUAGAUAUCCACAGUCAGAAGUAGUCGGUAUCGACCUCACAAUGAUACAACCAGAAAUGAUACCGCUCAACUUGAGAUUCAUACAAAUGGAUUUCGAAUCACCGUGGUACGGUAUGGGCCUUAAUUCUUUUGAUCUGAUCCACAUGCGAAUGUUGUGCGGUAGCGUAUCAAACUGGGCGGAAUUGUACGCCAAAGCCUUUAAUCACUUGAAGCCCGGGGUUGGGCAUAUUGAAAACAUUGAAAUCGAUAUGUAUCCUCGCUCCAGAGAUCAAUCUAUUCCGGCCAAUUCUCCAUUAAUAGCGUGGAUUCACUACCUUAUGGAAGCGACUGCAGCCUUUCAACGACCACUGGCAUACAACGAAGGGACACAAGAACUGUUAGAACGCCAAGGCUUCGUAGAUAUCAAACACGAAGUCAUUGAAAUACCGCUCAACCCUUGGGCUUCGGAUCCACACGCAAAGGAUAUCGGUCGAUGGUAUAAUCUCGGCCUGACUCAAGGUGUCGAAGCCCUGACGAUGGCUCCCAUGACCCGCAUGCGACGCUGGCCAAAGGAGGACGUGGAUCGAAUGAUCCAAGAAGUGAAACGAGAUAUUUGCUCCCGGAAGAUGCAUGCCUUUUGCUACAUGCAUAUCUGGACUGCCCGCCGUCCAUGA